AUGGCCGGCGCUAGCGCAACGGUGCCUUCCCUGGACGUUGUCCGGGACAUCCUCCUCCAACCGACCCCCUCCGGCCUCGUCCCUACGCUCGUGCCCAUCUACCGCCAAAUCUCCUCAGACCUCAUCACGCCAUCCGCCGCGUACCUCAAAGUCUCCGCCCACGCCGCCGCCCACCCCUCCUCCUCGUCCUCCUCCGCAUCGUACUCCUUCCUCUUUGAAUCCGCCGCGACCGAACAAGUCGGCCGGUACAGCUUCGUCGGAGCCCGUCCGCGCGCCGUCCUCACCACAGGCCCGGGCCACGGCGCCGGCGCCCUCGACCCCCUCCCGCAGCUCGAGGCCGAACUCGCGCGGCAAGUCGUCGCGCACGUGCCCGGCUUGCAGCUGCCGCCGCUGACGGGCGGCGCCAUCGGGUACAUUGGCUACGACUGCGUGCGCUACUUUGAGCCCAAGACGGCGCGUCCGCUCGAGGACGUGCUCAAGAUCCCCGAGUCGCUCUUUAUGCUCUUUGACACCAUUGUCGCGUUUGACCGGUUCUACGGCGUCAUCAAGGUCAUCAGCUACGUGCAGCUGCCCUCGGGGGGCGGCGCGGACAAGGAGGCCGGCGCCGCCCUCGCCGCCGCGUACGACGACGCCGUCGCCUCCAUUGACGAGCUCGUCGCCGUGCUCGACGCGCCCGAGGUGCCGAUGCCGCCGCAGCGCGCCGUGCGGCUCGGCCACGAGGCCACGUCCAACAUUGGCCGCGCCGGCUACGAGGCGCACGUCAGCACGCUCAAGACGCACAUCCUGCAGGGCGACAUCUUCCAGGCCGUGCCGUCGCAGCGCUUCGCGCGCCCGACCGACCUGCACCCGUUCAACAUCUACCGCCACCUGCGCACCGUCAACCCCUCGCCGUACCUCUUCUACCUCGACUGCCGCGACUUCCAAAUCAUUGGCGCCUCGCCCGAGCUGCUCGUCAAGAGCGAGGACGGCCGCAUCAUCACGCACCCCAUUGCCGGCACCGUCACCCGCGGCCGCACGCCCGCCGAGGACGAGCGCCUCGCCGACCAGCUCCGCGCCUCCCUCAAGGACCGCGCCGAGCACGUCAUGCUCGUCGACCUCGCGCGCAACGACGUCAACCGCGUCGGCGACCCCCACACCGUGCGCGUCGACCGCCUGCUCGGCGUCGAAAAGUUUAGCCACGUCCAGCACCUCGUCUCCCAGGUCUCGGGCGUCCUGCGCCCCGGCCAGACGCGCUUCGACGCCUUCCGCUCCAUCUUUCCCGCCGGCACCGUCUCGGGCGCGCCCAAGGUCCGCGCCAUGGAGCUCAUUGCCGAGCUCGAGCGCGAGAAGCGCGGCGUCUACGCCGGCGCCGUCGGCUACUUUGGCUACGGCGGCGUCGAUGCCGACGGCAACCCCGUCGAGGGCGCCAUGGACACGUGCAUCGCGCUCCGCACCAUGCUGUACAAGGAGGGCGUCGCGUACUUGCAGGCCGGCGGCGGCAUCGUGCUCGACUCGGACGAGUAUGAGGAGUGGAUGGAGACGAUAAAUAAGCUGGGCGCGAGCAUGCACUGCAUCAAGUCGGCUGAGGAAAUGUACCAUGCGCAGCAGAAUGCGACAAAAUAG